AUGAAGCCCCCCUCAGCCCAUGCCCGCAGAGGGUGCAUCCCCUGGAACGGGCUCCUGCUGGCAGUCUCACUCUUAACUUUCUGGAACCUACCCACCACUGCCCACCUCACUUUUGAAUCGGUGCCCUUCAAUGCUGCAGAAGGGACGGAUGUUCUUUUACUUGUCCACAAUGUGACAGGGGAUCUUCUAGGCUAUGGCUGGUACAGAGGAGAAAGGGUAGAGAACAACCAACUAAUUGCAUCGUGUAGAGUGUACACUCAAGUAAAUACACCAGGGCCUGCACACAGCGGUCGAGGGACAAUAUACCCCAAUGGAUCCUUGCUGAUCCAGACCGUCACCCAGAACGACACAGGAUACUACACUCUGCUCAUUACAAAGAAUGAUUUACAGACUGAAAGACUAGCUGGACAACUCCGCGUAUACCCGGUGUUACCCACACCCGUCAUCACCAGCAACAACUCCAACCCCAAGGAGCUGGAGGACACUGUAGUGUUAACAUGUGGCCCUGAGACUCCGAACACCUCCCACAUGUGGCGGAUCAACAAUCAGAGCCUCCCCAACAGCACCAGGCUGGAACUGUCUGAGGACAACAGGACUCUCACUUUAUUCCAUGUCACAAGGAAUGACACAGGACCUAAUAUGUGUGAAACUCGGAACCCACUGAGUGUCAGCCGCAGUGACCCAUUCACCCUGAAUGUUUUCUACCCAGUGGCACAGCCCUCCAUCGAAGCCAGCAACACCACAGUCACAGAACAUGAGAAUACCGUGGUCCUGACCUGCCGCACAAAUGACACUGGGAUCUCCGUCUCCUGGUUCUUCAGUGACCAGAGUCUACUGCUCACAGAGAAGAUGACACUGUCCCCGGACAACAGCACCCUCUCCAUAGACCCCGUCAGGAGGGAGGAUGCCGGGGAUUAUUGGUGUGAGGUCUCCAACCCCAGCAGUUCCAGCAUAGGUGACCCUGUCACCGUGGUGGUGCUCUGGCGAGAAAACGGCCCAGCCCUCAGUAUGGAGGUCCUUACUGUCAUCGCGAUUGGGGUCCUGGUUAGGGUGGCACUGGUGGCCGCUCUGGGGUUUUUGUUUUCCUCACGAGGUGUAGAAGCAUUGGUGGAGAAAGGAGGUCUCCACUCCCUGCUUGGAAAAGGGGCCCUCCUUGUUCCCUAUUUUGACACCAAUGCUGUGACCUCCUCCUCCGGCAACCCUCAAGAUAAUCCUGACCUUUCUGAGGGCCAGUGGCCAGAAUGA